AUGGUCACUAGUUUCGUACGGCCCUUUCACAGAGCGUGCAAUUUUGUUUUUCUCUUUCCUCUCUUAUUUUUACUUUUUUUUUUUUUUUUUUUCCAUUUCUUUUAGUUGAUUUCGACCCUGAGCUAAGGGAAAAGAGAGGUCUUUUCUCGGGAAACAAAACAGAUAAACUGUGAGGGGAAAAAAGAUGCAGAACCAGAGGCUGAAACAGCAACAACAACAAGCAAUGAUGCAGCAAGCGAUGAUGCAACAGCAGCAUCACUCUCUCUAUCAUCCUAGUCUUAUGGCUCCUCCUCCUCCUCCUCAGAUGGAGCCUCUGCCAAGUGGAAACCUUCCUCCUGGUUUUGAUCCCAGCACUUGUCGUAGUGUGUAUGCUGGCAACAUCCAUACGCAGGUCACUGAGGUUCUUCUUCAAGAGAUUUUUGCUAGCACCGGCCCUGUUGAAAGCUGUAAGCUCAUCAGAAAGGAUAAGUCAUCAUAUGGGUUUGUCCACUACUUUGAUCGGAGAUCUGCUGGUUUGGCUAUCAUGUCUCUUAACGGAAGGCAUCUGUUUGGACAGCCUAUCAAAGUUAAUUGGGCGUAUGCCACUGGUCAAAGGGAAGACACAUCAAGUCAUUUCAACAUUUUUGUUGGAGAUCUCAGUCCAGAGGUUACUGAUGCAGCACUGUUUGAGAGCUUUUCUGCCUUCAACACUUGUUCGGAUGCAAGAGUGAUGUGGGAUCAGAAAACUGGACGCUCAAGAGGCUUUGGGUUUGUUUCUUUCCGCAAUCAGCAGGAUGCUCAAACUGCCAUAAAUGAGAUGAAUGGUAAAUGGAUAAGUAGCAGACAAAUCAGAUGCAACUGGGCGACAAAAGGUGCUACUUUUGGCGAGGACAAACAUAGCUCUGAUGGAAAAAGUGUCGUUGAACUUACAAACGGCUCAGAGGACGGUAGAGAGAUCUCAAUCUCAAACGAAGAAGCUCCUGAAAACAAUCCUCAGUAUACCACUGUCUAUGUAGGAAACCUCGCUCCAGAAGUAACUCAGCUUGAUCUACACCGCAUGUUCCAUACACUUGGUGCUGGAGUCAUUGAAGAGGUUCGUGUCCAGCGAGACAAGGGCUUUGGUUUUGUGAGAUAUAACACUCACGACGAGGCUGCUCUUGCAAUUCAAAUGGGCAACUCUCAGCCUUUCCUCUUUAGCAGACCCAUAAAGUGCUCAUGGGGAAACAAACCAACUCCAACAGGAACACCCUCAAACCCACUUCCCCCACCAGCGCCGGUGCCAGUCCCUGGUCUGUCCCCAAUGGACCUCUUAGCCUAUGAGAGGCAACUAGCUCUAGCCAAGAUGCAUCCUCAGGCUCAGCAUUCUCUAAGGCAUGUAAAUGCAGCUGGAGCAAAUGCAGCUCUGUACGAUGGUGGUUUUCAGAAUGUAGCUGCGGCGCAUCAGCAGCUCAUGUACUAUCAGUAAUAAACUCACUCUGGUCUCUUGGAUCUGAGAUGCUUUUUUCUUCUUUUUUUUUUCUACUUAAUUUCAUCACUUUCUUGCUUUUUUCUAGACCUUGUUCAGAGUCUUAUGUAUGUGUCUCAUCUUAUUUGAAGUCGUUGAUUCGUAUGCUUAGUUUGUAACCUAUGUGUGUACGUGGAUUGCAAGCCAAGCAAUAAAAUGACAUGUAAUAAAAAGGAUGUUUGUUUGGGUUCCAAAUGAGAGAGUAGUAUUGUAUU